UCAAGGAAAGGAGUCACAACCUUACUUCUUACGAAAGGAAUUGCUGCAACUGAAAAGAAAAACCUUCCAAUAAAACUGGUGUUUAUGUUUAAAGUAACCGACUUUGACAAGCUCUGGUCAGGUUGAAAAAAAAAAUGAAAAACGAAAAAAAAUAAAAAGAACAAAAGAAAAGAAAAGAUUUUUUUAUUUAAUCUAUGAUUUGGGUUAUUUGCCAUUUUAUUGUUAACGCCUAUAAAAAGGUGCGUGACUCAAAGUUAAGAAAAGACAAGAUCGUUGAAAAGACGAAAUUGUGUUUUGGUUGAUGUGUAGGGUGGUGAUUCAUCGAUCAUGACGAUUCCGGAUUCGGGAUUCAUGAUGGAGAAUGGGGUAAGUUGCUUGCCGUGCACGCCCCAAGAAGAAAAAAAGAUGGUUACUGAUUUAAGAAACGAAUCCGAGCGUAGCUUGAAAGAAGGCAACUUGUAUUUCGUUAUUUCGAGUAGGUGGUUUCGAACGUGGGAGAGGUAUGUUGGGAUAGACGCUGAUGAAAAUUUGAUUGGGAACCAAUCUUCUGAUUUUCGGCAUAUGAAUGGGGCUUCUUUGAUCAUGGCAGAAAGGCCGGGUCCUAUCGAUAACUCUGAUAUUGUUGAAAAUGGAAGUGAUUGCGAUUGUAAGGACAAUGAGAUACAGCUUCGGAGAAUGUUGACGGAAGGGCAGGAUUAUGUUUUGGUACCACAAGGAGUCUGGGAAAAGCUUUAUGAAUGGUAUAAAGGAGGGCCAUCAUUGCCAAGAAAGAUGAUUUUGCAGGGUUUUUAUCAUAGAAAGUAUAACGUGGAGGUUUACCCACUUUGUCUUAAGUUGAUAGAUUCCAGGGACGAUAGUCAGUCAAUUAUAUGGUUAAGCAGAAAGGCUUCUGUAACUGAGCUUUUCCAAAAGGUCUGUGCGCUUAGAGGAAUAGAGCGGGAUAAGGCUUGCAUUUGGGAUUACUUCAAUAAGAGAAAGCAUGCACGGUUGAUUGUUUCAAAUAAAAGCCUAGAGGAAGCAAACUUGCAGAUGGAUCAAGAUAUUCUUCUGGAGGAAGUUGAUGGAUGUCAUUCUUCAAGAUUUGGCAUGGAUUCUACAGGAAAUGAACUAGCUUUGGUUUCCUUGGAACCUUCAAGAUCACCCUUGACAAUUGCUAGGGGGCCAACCUUGUCCAAUGGUCACUCCUCAGGUUACAGAUCAAAUCUGUAUCCUGGAAGUUCCUUAAGCUCAGGAUUAACAGAUAUGGAUGAUGGUUUUGAUGCUUAUAACUCUGUUAGAAAAGGAGAGAAGGGCGGUUUGGCUGGAUUGCAGAACCUAGGAAAUACUUGUUUUAUGAAUAGUGCUCUUCAAUGUUUAGUGCACACACCCCCUCUUGUUGAGUACUUCUUGAAAGAUUACAGUGAUGAGAUCAACACAGAAAAUCCUUUAGGAAUGCAUGGGGAGCUUGCACUUGCAUUUGGUGAGUUGUUACGAAAAUCAUGGUCCUCAGGGCGAACUGCAAUAGCUCCACGUGUAUUUAAGGGAAAACUUGCUCGGUUUGCACCACAGUUUAGUGGUUACAACCAGCAUGAUUCUCAAGAACUUCUGGCUUUCUUACUGGAUGGGCUGCAUGAAGACUUGAAUCGGGUUAAACAAAAACCUUAUAUUGAAAUGAAGGAUUCAGACGGUCGUCCUGAUGAGGAAGUUGCAGCUGAGUGUUGGAAAAAUCACAAGGCCAGGAAUGACUCAGUUAUUGUGGAUGUAUGCCAAGGUCAAUAUAAGUCAACACUGGUUUGCCCAGUUUGCAGCAAAAUUUCAAUUACUUUUGAUCCCUUCAUGUAUCUAUCAUUGCCACUACCUUCAACUAUCACUAGGACAAUGACAGUGACGGUGUUUUAUGGUGAUGGAAGUUGUCUCCCAAUGCCAUAUGCUGUCUCUGUGCUGAAAAAUGGUUUCUGCAAAGAUCUCCUUUUGGCAUUAGGUACUGCAUGUUGCUUGAAGAGUGAUGAGAGUCUCGUACUUGCAGAGGUCUAUGGAAACAAGAUUUACCGAUUUUUGGAGUCGCCUUUGGAGCCAUUGAUUUCGAUAAAGGACGAUGAACGUAUUGUGGCCUUCCGAUUUAAAAAAAAAGGGAUGGGUAAAACUAAGCUAGUAAUUUUUCAUCGAUGGCAGGAAAAAUUCACAACAGAUUAUCUUAGGAUUGGCACAGGGCUUUUUGGAACUCCACUGGUUACUUAUUUGGGAGAAGACCAACCAAGUGGAGCUAAUAUUGAAACCGCUGUCUCUAAAGUACUGUCACCUUUCAAAAGAACAUAUCCUUCAGCUAAGGCACAUAUUGGCAAGGAAAAUGGCUUUCUUUCAGAUGGUCUUGAUGAACAAUGCGGCAGUUCUGAUGCUAUGUCAGUUGCAAAUGCAGAACUUGAGGUUACAUCAAGCACAGACUUAUCACUUCCACUCCUUUUGAUUGAUGAUAGCUUUAUGAACUUCAAGGCUUUUAAGAAGGAUACCUUCUUUGAGUCCGGGAAAAUCUUAAGGGUUGUGCUAGAUUGGACUGACAAAGAACAGGAGCUAUAUGAUGCCAACUACUUGAAGGACAUCCCAGAGAUUCAUAAAGCAGGGUUUGCAGCAAAAAAGACCCGGCAGGAAGCCAUCUCUCUAUCUUCAUGUUUGGAUGCUUUCUUGAUGGAAGAGCCUCUAGGGCCUGAUGAUAUGUGGUAUUGUCCUCGAUGCAAGGAACAUAGGCAAGCUAUAAAGAAGCUAGACUUGUGGAUGCUACCAGAGAUUAUUGUUUUUCACUUGAAACGCUUCACUUACGGCAGAUACCUAAAGAACAAGAUUGACACUUUUGUGAAUUUCCCAAUUCACAAUCUUGAUUUGAGCAAAUAUGUGAUGAACAAAGAUGGGCAAUCUUGUGUAUAUGAGCUAUAUGCCAUCAGCAACCAUUAUGGUGGUCUAGGUGGUGGCCACUACACUGCCUAUGCUAAGUUGGUUGAUGAGAAUAGAUGGUAUCAUUUCGAUGAUAGUCAUGUUUCUCCAGUCAACGAAUCUGACGUCAAGACCUCAGCUGCUUAUCUGUUGUUCUAUAAAAGAGUUAGAACUGAAUCCAAGGUGGAGACAGGAGAGGCAUCGCAUAGUCACUUCAUCUCUUAAGGCCCUGGUUGAGUGCAUUUUGCGAUACUGUUGCUUCUGGAGCUGCCUCCAUUUGAGCUGAGGCUGGGUUCAUCUGCGACAGUCACUAUUAUACCAUGUGAUGAACUGAUGAUUUACUUGGCUGAGGAAGCCGAUCAGCCCCACAUGUUAUAGAAGAUAGGUGACCCUAGCACUGGACCAAUAGCGAAAGGGUGAUACAAUUAAAAGGUGGGGGCGAAUAUUAGUUCAAUUAUUAUUUAAAUUUUUUUUAAAAUUUUUUGGGCAGAGUACUAGGUUUGCCGCUUAUAGGUGCCUAAUUUGUAUUAUGAGCAAGUGAUGAUAGCCAAUAGCCAUCUAUUGAUUGUAACCUUUUUCUACAGAAGUGUCUGUCACCUGACUGCUAGUCAGUUAGCCAUUGAACUCGAAGAUGAUUUAGUCUUUUAACAAUGUCAUUAGACAUUAUUGACAGCAAUGCAUGUAAAUAUUAAAAGAUUUUAGAAUUGAGUGCAACAGUGAAUUCCAUUUUAUUUUAUCCUUUCUUCCCAUUGCAUGAAGAGAGGGGAGUGACCG